GGUGGAGGCACACAGGACAGUUUCAUUUCAUUGGAAGAAUGUUAAACAUAACAAAGAAGGAAAAGGGGACGAACAACUAUGGUGACGCAGGACUAGGAAUGUAGAACAUCAAACAGCAAGAAGUCAGAGCCAAGUGCAGACCUAUUUUUGCUGUUUAAAGCCCAACCUGAUUCAGAUUCCUUUUUCUGGUUUUACAACAUGGAUUCAACCUCAGCUGAAGUCAAAGACCUGAGAAUUGUCCUCCUGGGCAAAACCGGAUCCGGAAAAAGCGCAACAGGGAAUACCAUCCUGGGAAAGACAGUUUUUACUGAAGGAUUGUCUCCAUCCUCUGUAACGCAGAAAUGCAAAACAGAAACUGUCAACCUGGAUGACAGAGCAGUGAGUGUCAUUGACACUCCUGGGAUGUUCGACACAUCGAUUACUGAGAAAGAGCUGAAAAGUGAAAUAGAGAACUGUUUCAUGUUGUCUGUCCCUGGACCACAUAUAUUCCUGCUAGUCAUCAGUCUCGCUACACGCUUCACAGAGGAGGAAAAGAACACCAUUAAGUGGAUCACAGAAAACUUCGGUGAGGAAAGCUCAAAGUACACAAUUGUUGUUUUCACCAGGGGUGAUGAGCUCAAAGAUACUAUCGAAAACUAUGUGCACAAAAGUGCUGAGCUCACGAAACUUAUCCGUGACUGCAAAGCUGGGUAUGUUGUGUUUGAAAAUACAAACAAAGCAAAUCGCACUCAGGUGAAUGAUCUGUUUGAGCUCAUAGACAAGACGGUACAAUUAAAUGGAGGUUAUUAUACCAUCAACAUUUACAAAGCAACCCAGAAUAAACUAUGGUGGCGCUGGGUUGGACGCCAAGUGGGAUCUGCAGGAGAUCGUUUAAUAUGGGCAGCAGCAGGUGCAGCAGCUUUUCCUGUAGUUGGUACUGCUGUACUGACAGAGGAAGCUGUGGUUUUGUCUGCGCCACAAAUGUUGGCACUUGGAAGUGCAGCGAUUAUGAAAGGUAUUGGAUGGUUUACCGGACCCAAAACAGACAACAGCUAAGAUAAUUAGAAAAUGAGUGUUAUGUAGUCAUACAUGUAGUGCUUUUAUCUUCUUUUUGAUAAGAUCUUACCUGGUUUUAAUAAUUUCUUGGUUACGGAUUAGGGAUCUUUUAAAUUAGCAUAUAAAAGUACUUUUAUAUACUUUAUAUAUUUUCUUUCAUCAUGCCACUACAAUGUAUGUUUUUAUGUUUUUUUUGUUACUGCAAUGCACAUUUUGUCAUCAUGUAAGGCACUUUCAGAUGUUUUAUACAAAUAAAGUUGCUUUGCCUUGACAAUUCAA